UCAGUUAACCUCCAAAGCCACUGACAAAUUUCGACUGGUUGAUUUUUCGCUAAUUCACGCUGAUUCCGGUGUUUUUGGUACUCAACACGGGUUUUUAUAAUUACUAGAGCAAAAUGAGUUCUAUCGGUACUGGAUACGAUCUCUCAGCAUCGCAGUUUUCGCCCGACGGCAGAGUCUUCCAAGUGGAAUACGCCCAGAAGGCAGUGGAGAACAGCGGAACCGUAAUAGGCCUUCGCGGCAAAGACGGAGUGGUAUUUGCAGUGGAGAAGCUAGUGACAUCAAAGCUGUAUGAGCCAGGUGCAAAUAAAAGAAUCUUCAACAUCGAUGAGCACGUGGGAAUGUCUGUAUCAGGUUUAAUAUCAGACGCUCGUCAAAUAGCAGAAAUAGCAAGAUCAGAGGCAGCGAGUUAUCGUGCACAGUAUGGAAUUGGAAUACCAGUUAAAUAUCUAAACGAGAGAGUUGCCAUGUACAUGCACGCUUACACACUGUACUCAGCAGUGAGACCAUAUGGCUGUUCAGUUAUACUCGGUGCUUACGAGACCGAUGGUCCUGCCAUGUAUAUGAUUGAUCCAUCUGGUGUAUCUUACGGCUACUUUGGCUGUGCCGUUGGUAAAGCCAAACAAUCAGCCAAAACUGAAAUAGAAAAGCUCAAAUUGAGUGACAUGACUUGUAGAGAACUUGUCAAAGAGGCUGCGCGCAUUAUUUAUCUCGUUCAUGAUGAACUCAAGGACAAGCAGUUUGAGCUUGAGAUGAGUUGGGUUGGAGCACACACCAAUGGCAAACACCAACGUAUUCCACAUGAGAUCAAAACUGAAGCUGAGGCGAAAGCUCGUCAGGCUAUGGCUGAGGACUCGGACAGCGAUACCGAGGAUAUGUAGAAUUUAUUGUCUCGUGGCUUAUCUUUUUUUUUUAUUAUUAUUAAUUAUUGUACUGUGAACUGAUACUUCUUGGAUUAAAUGAUGGAUAUGAUGGAAACGAA